GGACGCUGGCUCGGGCCAUGUACCUGGGUCAGGAAAACCAGGAGCGACAUGGCGGCAUGUACUUCACUCGGCUCAGCGUCGGCGCCCCUGAGAUGCAGCGUCUGUCGGACCCGCGCGAGCGUCAGUUCCUGGAGGCUGCAGAGCGUGGCGACAUGGCCACCAUGGUACGGCUGGCCUCGGAACCGGAGCCGGUCAAUGUCAACUGCACCGACAUGCUCGGACGGUCGGCGCUGCUUAUCGCCGUCGACAACGAGAACGCAGAGAUCGUCGAGAUGCUGCUCAAGUACGAGGCCGUUAUUACAGGUAACGCGCUGAUGCACGCUAUCGCCGAGGGCUCAUACAAGAUCGUGGAGCUGAUAGUUCAGCACCCGUCCAUCCAGAGCGAUAUGCUCUCCUCACCGCUGCCGCCCUCCGAGAGAAGCGACGCGCCGCCCGGCGUGUCGCCCAUCAUGAUGGCCGCUCAGUGCAACCAGUUCGAAAUCCUGCAGCUCUUUCUCUCAUACGGCGCGUUCAUCCGCCGUCCGCACGCCAGCGACUGCGGCUGCCGACCGUGCACUGAGGAGAUCCAGGAGGACCGCCUGCGCCGCUCGCUGUGCCGCAUCCAGACGUACCGAGCGCUCAGCGGACCGGCCUGGAUCAGCCUGACCAGCGAGGACCCCAUCCUGGAGGCCUUCAGGCUGUCGUGGGAGCUGACUGAGCUGAGUCGGAGGGAGAACGAGUUCCAUCAGACCUACCAGCAGCUGAGCGACCAGUGCAAACGCUACGCCUGUGACCUGCUCGAGCAGUGUCGCAGCUCUGAGGAGGUGUUAGCCGUUCUGGACCGGAGGACGCCCGGCGAGGACCUGGUGGCCAGCGAGGACGGAGAGGAAGCGGAGGACGCCGACUGGCCCGUUGCCGAGGACGAUCGGCCGGCGGCGCUCAGCCGACUCCGGCUGGCCAUCCGAUACGAGCAGAAACAGUUUGUGGCCCACUCGCACAGCCAGCAGAUGCUGAUGUCCGUGUGGUACACGGGCCUGCCGCUGUGGCGCGGCCGGAACCCGCUGCUGAAGGUGCUCAUCUGCGCCGUCAUCGUGCUGCUCAUCCCGCUGCUCUCAGUGCUCUACCUGCUCUUCCCGCGCUCCCGGGUCGGCCGGGCCAUCCGCAGUCCGUUCAUGAAGUUCAUCUACCACAGCGCGUCGUUUUGUUUCUUCCUGCUGCUGCUGGUGCUGGCCUCGAUGAGGCCCGAGGGAGACGAGCGCUCCCAUGAGAACAUCCGCGGCCCCAAGCCGUCGCCCGUCGAGUGGCUCAUCAUCUUCUGGGUGGCCGGAAUGGUAUGGGCGGAAUGUAAACAGCUCUGGGACGAGGGGCUGAGCGGCUACGUGCGCCAGUGGUGGAACUGGCUCGACUUCGUCAUGCUCUCCAUCUACAUCUGCAGCUUCUCGCUGCGGGCGGUGGCCUACUUCCAGAUCCGCUCCGGAUCCUACGGCUGCCGGGAGAUGGACCGGCUGCUGUGGCCCAUCAACGACCCGACGCUGAUCGCCGAGGGCCUGUUCGCUGUGGCCUCCGUGUUCAGUUUCGCGCGCAUCAUCUACCUGUUCCAGACCAACCCGCACCUGGGGCCGCUGCAGAUCUCACUCGGAUGCAUGAUCAUCGACAUCAUCAAGUUUCUGUUCAUCUUUUUCCUGAUCCUGACAAGUUUCGCGUGCGGUCUGAACCAGCUCUACUGGUACUACCGACACACGCCCGGGAACAACUCGGGCGGAGAGCUCUUCAGAACUAUCGGCACCUCGUACACCACGCUGCUGUGGUCACUGUUCGGCCAGAUCCCUGUGCAGGCUCUGGACCAGCGUCGCCACCAGACCGUCACCCACCUGCUGGGUCAAACACUGCUCGGAGCCUACCUCAUCAUGGCCGUCACCGUCAUGGUCAACAUGCUGAUCGCCAUGAUGAGCCGCAGCUUCCAGAUCGUCGAGGACCACGCCGACCGGGAGUGGAAGUUUGCUCGCUCGCAGCUGUGGAUGUCCUACUUUGAGCAGGGCUCCUCGCUACCGCCGCCGUUCAACAUGGUCGUCAGUCCCAAGUGGGUGUGGUACGCCGUGCGCUGGGUGCUGGGCACGGCCAGACAGUGUACUGGGGCCGUGCGCGCCCGACUGCGGCCGGCGGAUAACGGCACGGCGCACCAGCACCAGCAGCGGCACCAGCAGCACCAACACCAGCAGGAGCAGAAGACGGGAGUCAACGGCGGGGUGCGGUUCCUGCUGCGGGCCGGCUCGCGCGACUCGGAGGCGGACCGGGCUGAGGACAGUUGCGGAGCGGGCGGCGGCGCGGGCCGCCAGCGGGUCUCGGCCACCACCUCUGUGUCCACGGCCGAGGUGGCGUUCGAGUGCCAGGUGCCCUACUCGGAGGUGAUGCGCCGACUGGUCAGCAGGUAUAUCUUCCAUUUCAAGAACCAGCACCGCCACUCGGGUGCCAAUGAAGACGACUUCAUGGAGAUAAAGCAGGACAUCUCCAGUCUCAGGUACGAGCUGCGUGAGGACAGGAAGCGGGAGGCCUCGCGGAACUACCGUAACCUGGACAACCUGCGCAGGGACAUCGUCACCCUGUUCAGGGAGGAGCUGGGCGGCGGACUGAACGUGCCGCCCGACGGCCGGGCCUACUCGUCCGACUGCGGGCCCGACACCAUCUACAGGAAACCCUCCCGCAGAGGCCGCACCUCGCUGACGGCCCACUCUCAGCAGUUGUCGCUGGACCUGGGUCUGCUGGGCCGGCCGGAGGGCGGGGGCGGCGCCGCUGAGCCGACGCCUCUCCGCUCCCCGGACGUAUCUGUCACCACACUGGCCAGCCUGCGGCAGCUGGUGCGCCGCGAGGUCGAGCUGCUGGCCCGGCAGCCGGCCGCGCUGACCGUGCCGGCGCCGCCCGCCCAGCAGGUCACUCCGGAGCGCACGCCGGCCGGCUCGCCCGGCUCGGCCGCCGAGACGUCGCCCGAGGCGCGCAGUCUGCAGCAGCUCAGCGAGCACAUCUGCCAGUGGCAGGAGGCGGUGGGCGGCGCGCCGGCUCCGGUCGGUCCGGCCCGCCGGCCGCCGCCGCCGCGCCGCCGCGCCCUGCUCACGGCUCAGUCGCUGGACCCGUCGGCCGGCGCGGAGGCCCAGAGGCUGCGUAGGCAGAUGUCCAUGGACCAUCACGAGCCGCCCAGGCCCGGAUGACGCCAGACAGAGGUGUAGCGGUGAUAGUUCGGGCGUCUGAGGGAGAGCGGACGGUCAGCAGACACGACGCCCUCUGGGGCGACCUCGGGCCGGCGGGACAUUGGUAACCAUAGCGGCGCGCCGGUCAUUGUGGAGCCGUUACGGGGGACGGAACUAGGAGUGGUGCGAUUUGUGGAGACGGGUUUACCGCGCGGUCGUAGCCUAGCCAUUGUUGAAACUGUGAAUUCUAGUCCAACUGUUGGAACUUGGAGAUCUGCCAUAAUGUGUGAAGCGUUGUGACUUUGUUUGGCCUGAGGAGGGCCGUUUGCUGAUACGUUGAUGGUAAGGAUUUGCUGAGUUAGGAACUCACCAGUCCUUUUGCGAUGUGUUUUGCUUUUGUAGUCGACAAGCAGAGGGUGGGUCAGUGGUGUCGAUCAUUGAAGACAUUGCACACCGACGUUUGUCUGUUAUU